CCUGUAGCAACUUUGGGGUUGAAUUCUAAAUAUAUUUGGGGUUUUCUUGUGUUUGCUGCGAUGCGCAGAUUUAACGGCGUAUGACGCUCUCGACUCAUAUUCUUGCGUUAUGUCUCAAGGCAGUCGAUCAUUAACGCAGUCCCACGUGUAGUCUUCAUCGUCGAGCAGAGCAGCCUAUUUAUUAACGUUAACUGCACUUUUAUCAAAAGGCAUCUUCUGAGGUAGGAUAAAGAAAACCACAUCAGGUAAGAACAUGGAUCAUCGUAGUCUUAGAAAACGAGCAGUGAAGCGAGUGAAUUCUUUACUUGCCUCCUUUGACAAUGAGAUGCAGGCCUCUGGCAGUAAAGAGUUACAAUCUACUGAAAGUGCAGAGAAUGUGACAAUAAAUGUCUUUAAUAAGCAGGAAGAUUCGGUGGAAGAUCAGCAACACAUUUCUGACAGUGAAGAUGAUUCCCAGAAUUAUGACAUAGAAAGUGUCCAUAUACCACUAACCGAGUCUUUGUGUGAUUGGGCAGUUAAUUUCAGGGUGUCCCUAGUAGCUCUGACUGCACUUCUGGCCAUCUUGAGAGUUCAUCAUCCUUCGCUACCAAAGGAUGCUAGAACUCUUCUCCAUACAACUACCUCCUACAGUAUCCAAGCUGUUGCUGGCGGUACUUACCACUACAUCAGUAUUUUGAAAGCUUUUGCAAAAAGCAUGGAACAUGUUUGGUGUCAUAUUCCAAACAGGCAUGAAUUUAAAUUGCAGCUGCAUGUAGAUGGAUUACCUUUGUUUAAGAGCUCCCCUGUGCAGUUCUGGCCAAUCCUUGGCUUGCUACAGGGUGUUGUGAAGAAGCCAGUUCUCAUUGCUCUGUUCUGUGGCAAUUCAAAGCCAAAAUGUCUGGGUGAGUAUCUUAAAGAUCUUGUCAGUGAGUUAAAAGCACUAAGCCAAGGAUUUGUUUUCAAGGGGAAACAGUGCUGUCUAAAAGUCACCUCUGUCAUCUGUGAUGCUCCUGCAAGAGCGUUCAUUAAAGGAACAAAAACUCACACGGGUUACUCAGGCUGUGACAAGUGUGUCCAAUCAGGUGUUUAUGUCAAACACAGGAUGACAUUUCCAGAGGCCAGUAGCCCACUCCGGACCGAUCUGUCUUUUAAAAUGAUGUGUGAUGAGGACCAUCAUGUCACAAAGUCUCCUUUAGUAGAUGCAGAUAUAGGCAUGGUGUCAUGCUUUCCUCAUGACUACAUGCAUCUAGUUUGUCUUGGGGUAGUGCGUAGACUGUUGGAUUUAUGGAUAGCAUCUGGCCCCUUACUCUGUCGCUUGUCCUCUCGUCAGAUGGAGAUUAUCUCUAAUGAACUUGUAUCCUUAAGAAGUUUCAUUCCCAUGGACUUUGCCCGUAAACCCAGAGCACUUUCAGAAAGGCUCAGGUGGAAAGCCACCGAGUUGAGACAGUUCUUGUUGUACACAGGUCCAGUGGUCCUUCAAAAUGUGUUGUCACCUGCAGUAUACAACAAUUUCAUGUUAUUAUCUGUUCCCAUUUUUCUUCUUGCUAGUCCAUCAUUGUCUGCACAUCUUAACGACUUGGCACACACACUACUUGUGUCAUUUGUGACACACUUUGGUGAAUUGUAUGGUCCUGAAUUUGUUACUUACAAUGUUCAUGGGCUGACCCAUCUUUCAGAGGAUGUUCGAAGACAUGGAAAUUUGGACCUGAUAUCCGGAUUUCCAUUUGAGAAUUAUUUAGGCAAGAUGAAAAAGAUGAUAAGAACUCCGCACCAUCCACUAGCCCAAGUUAUUCGUCGAAUCUCUGAAAUGGAUUCUUGUACAGAGAAUGAUGAAGUUUCACAUGGAAAAAUGAAGCUGCAAAAGGAGCAUUACUCUGGCCCAGUUCCUCCCUCUAUAAUGGGCACACCAGUACUUCAGUACCAGCAGCUUGUUAUGGAAGAUAUGUUCACGGUUGUCGAAUUUAUUGAAACGCACGAGGUGGAGCUGGUCCCAGCCAUUUGGGUAGAGAAUGGAGAGUGCUGUUGGCCUAAUUCUCUAAGAGGCAUGGCCCUACACCAGGCCAUCAAAAACCAGAUGGCUCCUCAUCUUGACUGGGACCGAUGGGAUGUCCGAACAAUGUUUUCAACAGAAAACUAUGAGGAGGGCAGGAAGAAGGCCAAAGAGGCGUAGACCUGGUCAGACCUCCAGACAGAUGCAGAAGUAUCUGGGCAAAGACUACCAAGGCGUAAAACGAAGAGUGUACGGAUUGGCCCUCCUGGAGGUCAUGCUCGUUGUUCCUUGGACUCAGAGGAUGAGUAUGCCCCACCAACUAAACAAAUUCAUCCACCGGUCCCCAUCAUAAACUUUCCUACAGUCACCCCAGCCACCACUUUACCAGCAGAAGCACGAGCAACACCACAUGACUCCUUUACAGAGAUGCUGCAGAACUGGGAGCCAAUGAACAAAAUUCCACGGUGUCAGACAUCCCGAGGAACGCCCCAGCAAUCUUCAGAAACAGCCAUGCUCAGGGAGGUAUUAACUAAAUUAGAGAUGGUCUUGGACCAACAAACAACUAUCCUGAGAUUUCUGCAGCUGCGGGAAGUUCAAGUGCAGCCUUUCGAUAUUGAGGAAAGUUCUCUGCCCCUCAAAGACCUUCCUCACCUGCAUAGUCUGGAGGAAAGAAUGCAGCAGAGCCCAGAAUACAAGCAAAAACUGGUGAACUGGUUGGGGCUAAUUGGCGGGACAGAUGUGCGUGACUGCACCUGGCGCAUACUGAAAAGGGUGAUCGCCAACUCACUGGCAAAAAACCUCAAUUGGAGAGGAGUCAAUGGUAAGACAUCGCUUGCCACCCUCCAACUCAGAGACGUAGUGAUUAGUGCAGUUCGGAGAAACCCUCUAACGGCUAAUGCUGCUGAAACUGAGGUGGAGGGGACCAUGAAGAGGUGGCUCCAGUUGGCAGCGGACCGAGAGGGUGGGCGCAAGAGACGUCUUUUGUUGAAGGAAAAAAAUUUGUCUGUGCAUCUGUGUUUGUGACUGUAUGACUGUAUUACAUGUUUUAAUGUAAAAAGUAUGAUUUUGGUGGGUGGGUCAUUUUUUUUUAUUUAGUUUUUCUGAAAAAUUGUAAAUAAAUGUGUUUAUGUGUUUAUGUUGUUAUUUUUAAUUUUAACUGUUCAAUUGUUUAAAUACCUUUUUGACAGGUUGUGUGUGUCUGGUUCGAUGAAACCUGUUUGUAGCUGAAUAGGUUCAUGUUUUCUAAGACAAAAAUAGAUUUUUCUUGUAAAAGUAGUUUGUGUGUGUGUGCCUCUGUGUAGUGUAUU